AGAAUAGAGAAGGAUUAUGCGGGAAAGUGAGAAAGGAUUAGAGAGGGUGUUAGGGGAGUGAGAAGGAUUAAGAAACUCCCCUGAAUUUUAAACAAGGAACCCACUCCAUUCUUGCUGGGCUCAAACAGCCCCAAAAUGUUCUAAAAUAAACGGACCCUAUUUUCCAUUUGAUUUGAAAGGGGGCGAAACAAUAACGUGGGGAACUCCCCUAGCUACCACGUCAACACAUUUCUCCGCCCUUCUUCCUAUUUCCCCUUCCUGUUUGACCGUUACCAUCGCCAUCGCCACCGGCCAAUGCUCGUUCCUACUGCCUUCAACGCCCUCAAAUCCUCAAGGUCAAUAUCUUGGUCGCCGACGGGCAGGCUUCAGCAAACCUUGGCGGGAUGUCUGGAGCUGAGUGGGAUAUCUCUGCAUUCUGGGAAAGUUGCGAAAGUGAAGUUGUGUCCCGAGUUUGCUGGCAGAGGAAGGUAUUUUGAUUUCAAAUCCAACUUCAUUCCUGCAUCGAUCGAUUAUGCCGAAGACUCGCCUCUUUGCACCACGCUUUCUAAGGAUGGGUUUAAAAUUCGAACAGUUGAGCAUUUGCUUUCUGCCAUGGAGGCCAUGGGGGUCGACAAUUGUAGGAUCGUGAUAACGAAUGAAGAUGCCAAAGACAGCGAAGUCGAGGUUCCAAUUUUUGAUGGAUCUGCGGGUAAAUGGGUGGAUGCGAUAGAGGAGAUUGGUCUUAAGUUGGCUAUAGACCAGUGUGGCAACUUCUGUGAAAAAAUGGCACCACAUGUAAAUCAGCCUGUCCAUGUGUGGAGGAAUGACUGUUUUCUUAUUGCUUUUCCAGCCACAGAAGUUCGUAUCACUUAUGGAAUCGACUUUCCUCAGGUGCCUGAAAUUGGCUGCCAAUGGUUUUUUACUGCCCCUUUGGACAACAAGUUCUAUGCUGAGCAAAUAGCCCCAUCAAGAACCUUUUGCAUUUAUGAGGAGGUUGGUGUAGAGCAAAUGCGUAAUAUGGGACUUAUAAAAGGAGGCUCAAUGGAAAAUGCUUUAGUUUGCAGUGUCAGCAAAGGUUGGAUCAAUCCACCGUUGCGUUUCCAUGAUGAACCUUGUCGUCACAAGGUUUUAGAUUUAAUUGGCGAUCUGUCGCUUUUUGCGCAGUUGGGCAGUCAAGGGAUUCCGUUGGCACACUUAGUGGUUUACAAGGGUGGUCAUGCUAUGCACGCAAAUUUUCUUCGCCGCUUAUUGGAAAGGAUUUAAGUGGACAAGCAGCUGUUUUCCCUUGCAAAAGUGUAAAAGUGUUCUGCAAUUGAGGAGUCCACAAUACUUUCUUAGUUCCUUCCUUCAUCAGCUGACACCCAAAUGCAUGCUCAUUGAGGAGGAUAUCCUGAGCAAGUGAAGAACGGUACAGCUCUAGAUAGUGUUAUUGAUACAAUUUAUUUGACGAAGUCAAUGCAAAUAGUUAGAGAAUGACAGUUAAAUUGCCAAGGAUUGGUGCCUCUUUUAGAUGAUAGAUGUUAAAACUUCACUCCAGGUUAUUAGUGUAGAUGCAAAUUGUAUUGUAGGUUGUCACUAGGAAGGAUUCAUGGGAGUUUUCUCGAACUUUGUUAAUCAUCACCAUAAUCAUACAAAUUGACAAUUGAUGUUUUAAACAUUUUUCCACUUAGUAACAUCUUUUGAUCUCUAAACUUCUAUAGAUCAGCUUCUCAA